AUGAAACUUACCACUGAAGGUGAUGAUUAUGAAGUUGACUACGGGGAUGGUGAUAAUGGUGAUGAUGAUGAUGAAGUUAAUUAUAAGGAGGGUGGUGAUGGUGAUGAUGAGGAUGAAGUUAAUUAUAAGGAGGGUGGUGAUGGUGAUGAUGAUGAUGAUGAUGAAGUUAAUUAUAAGGAGGGUGGUGAUGGUGAUGAUGAUGAAGUUGAUUAUGGGGAGGGUGAUGAUGGUGAUGAUGAUGAUGAAGUUAAUUAUAAGGAGGGUGGUGAUGGUGAUGGUGAUGAUGAUGAUGAAGUUAAUUAUAAGGAGGGUGGUGAUGGUGAUGAUGAUGAUGAAGUUGAUUAUGGGGAGGGUGAUGAUGGUGAUGAUGAUGAUGAAGUUAAUUAUAAGGAGGGUGGUGAUGGUGAUGAGGAUGAAGUUAAUUAUAAGGAGGGUGAUGAUGGCGAUGAUGAUGAUGAUGAUGAUGAAGUUGAGUAUGGGGAGGGUGAUGAUGAUGAUGAUGAAGUUGAGUAUGGGGAGGGUGAUGAUGGUGAUGAUUAUGAAGUUGAUUACGGGGAGGGUGAUGAUGGCGAUGAUUAUGAAGUUGAUUACGGGGAGGGUGAUGAUGGCGAUGAUGAUGGUGAUGAUUAUGAAGUUGACUACGGGGAGGGUGAUGAUUUAUGA